CUCUUUCUCUCUUUUGCUCUCAGCUCUUCUCCAGGAGGUGUGGAGAUCUUCUCCUCAGAACCCAGAACCUUUACACUGCUGUCUGCUCAGUUCUUCAUGAUCUUCUUCUCACCAUGAAGGAGCAUCACAUCUUCCUGCUCCUGUUCUCAGGAGUGCUGAGCUUCAGAGCGUUAUGUACAGCACUGAAGGAAAAAAGCCAUACACAACUUAAUCAACAGGCCUGUCCUGCUACCAAUGACUCCACGUCAGACUUCCUGAUGUGUGUGGGUGUCCCAUCAGACCCUUGGGCAGGAGAGCAGCAGAUCCUCAACCUGAAGGGUCUGAUUGAUGCUCUGCUCGAUGUCUCUGUGUUUAUGAACUCAGGACUGAGUGGCGUCCCGUUGCUGAACGUGUCUGCAGGAUGGAGCAUCAACUCCACAGCUUUGCUGCAGGAUGAUGACAUCAUCAGGGUGUGGAUGCAGAUCAGGGUGACGCCACUGCUCUCAUCCAUCUCUCAGAACUUCUUCACCUGCCUCGGCUACAACAAUUUCAGCUGCCAGACUUAUCAGACUGUGGUGCAGGAGCUGAGUCAGCAGUUCUCUAGUCUGGAUUCUGAGAAGCAGCAGUGGAUCUACUCGUACUUCAUGCAGCCUUUCCUGUCCAGAAACACACCAGCAGGUUGUAUGCUCCCUGGUGACACCACUGAGGACUGGAUCACAAAGAAUUUUGGCUCCUUCUCAGUUCUGGCCCAACUCAGAGACUUCAUCUCGAUCAAUGCACUCUUCAAUGGGAUGGAUGUACUGCACUUGUUGAGUCCGGAGCAGAAAGCAGAGCUCAUGCUGCAUCCUGAGAGAGCCGGUCUGAACAACGAGUCCCUCAGUGUGGUUCUGGACAGCUUGAUGAGCUCACUAGAACCCUCUAGAGGAUAUGAGAACAUCCCCAAUGGUACCAUGUGGGAUGCAGGAGUUCCUGUUAUGCACUCAUCCUCUCCACAAGAUCCACUCACACAGGCGGUGAAUGGCUUCAUGACUGCGUUUAGACCUGUUGGGAGUUUUGUCAGAGAAUUUGUGUCCCUCACACAUCAGCCGGACCUCAGCAGCAUGAAAAGUGCGACGCUGAUACAGGCGAUGCUAAACUGGACCCUGGCCGAGCUCGCAGCGCCGUACAAAAACAUCAGCAAUAAUCAGCAGAUGAAUGAGACCAUGUUUGAUCUGACAGAUGUUAACUCCUGGUUUACACACGUCGUUGUUCCAAUACUGAACAGAUAUCUGUCCAGUGAUAUACCAGAUGACCUCACUGCUGUCUUUCAUAAUGUGUUUUAUAUGGAGAAUUCAGUGAACGAAACUCAGGACACUUGCAGCGUCACUCUGGAUGGCACGUGUGCUGGGACUAAUGUGAUGGAGCAUGUGGCAAAAAUCCUGCAGUGUGCAGCGAGCACUAACCUGACGCUCACAGAGGAAACACUGACCAGUCUCGCACUGCACCUGUCCUGUAACCUCAAUGCACUCCUGAACCAACUCGCCAACACGAAUUUUAGUUCAGAAGAUUCCCCUUUUAGAGGCAUUGUGAAACGAAUCCACGACCCGGCACACGCUGACCUGAUGGAUGAGGCAUUUAUCACCCUGUGGUUUCAUAUCAAACUCAAACCUCUCUUACCCAGACUGACACCUGAGUAUCUGCUCUGCCUAAGUGCCAAACCAUUUCCCUGCCAAACUUUCCAGAAACUCGUGUGGGAGAUGAGCAACAACAAGAUGGCAGAGAAUGGAACUCAAAUGGUUUAUAAGAAUUUCAUCAUCCCGUUCCUGUUGAAACAGAACUCCACAGGUGCCUGCAUGGGGAACAGCAGUUCUGAGUGGAUUGUGAUGAACCUGGGUGGAUUCUCUCCGUUUGCCACAGUGCAGGAAAUGUACCUGCUGAACCCUAAGUUUGAUGCUCUGGAGGCUCUCGAUGCCCUCACUCUGAACCAAAUAGCUGAGAUCAUCAUUGAAGACCUGCCUCAACUUCCAGAGAAAAAGCAGCUCAUUGGUGUCGUGUUCAGUGACAUCCUGAACUCACAGACAACGAGACAACAGCUUCCUCAGCUCAUCCUCCUCAUCUCCGAGAUGAACACGAUGAACCAGAACUGUUUGCUCUAUCAGGAAAUGUUUUCAUGGCUCCACUUUGCGUCUCUGUCUGCAAACCCAGAAACAGAAACACUGAUCCUGAGCAGCAUCGACAACUUAAUGAUGGCAGCACCAGCAGACUGUGUCUCCUACACCGGCGAGUGUCUCAUCACUGCUGUCAACGGAUCGACAGUGUGUGAUGGUGUGAACAGUUCUGCUCUCUUGGAGUAUCUGAAAGCACCACAUAACGGGAGUCGACUCUGCAGCUUCAGUAUCACACAAUACGCCUGUGCUCAGUUGACUGGUUUGUCUGCAGGAGACCUGGUAACGGUGUUGUCAUGUAAUCUUGAUAGAAAUGACACUUUAUCAAAUGAGACGUGGAAACUCUUUGUAAUGAGAGUCAGCUCAAAGCUUGGCCCCGCCCUCGAACUGUUUACCAACACGACCCUCCCAUUCUCCCGCCCCCUGGGCGUGGUGUUGGAUCUGAUUGGUGAUGUGAUCUUCAGUACUUUUAGCCCGUCCAGUUUCACCAAUGAUUCAUUCAUUCAGCUCUGGUUCGGGAAGAGACUCCGCCCCUUCUUACCUUACGUCUCACACAACUUCCUGUCCUGCAUCUCCAAAAACAACUUCAGCUGUCAGACGUACCAGAGUGUGGUUAAGAUUUUGAGUCAGCAAUUUAAUGCCAUGUCCCCUGAGACUCAGCUGUCUGUCUAUAUCAACUUCAUCUACCCAGUCCUCAGCUCCAACCAGACAGCAGGUUGUACUGUUGGAGUUCAAAGUUCUGAUUGGUUGAACCAAAACUUUGGGUCCUUUGCUGGAUUUGCAACCAUCACUGAACUACAGAGUCUGAACCCUACCUUCUCAGUGAUGGACGUCUUGGGUAAUUUAACUCUGACGCAGCUGGUCCAGGUCUCCUCCUCUCCCGAGCUCAUUAACACACCAGCUCAGGCCACUCAGGUGAUGAAGAACAUUCCAGACUCUGAACUCAGCCCCUUCUUCUCCAAGCUCUCCGCCACACUCACUGUCGGGGGUGCGUCCCUCACCCCCGUGGUUAGUGAGGCUUUUCUGCAGCAGGCGUUACCGCGAGUGAAUCUGGGCGACCCAACGGUGUCGGACUCUGAGGUGGAGCAGUGGCUCAACAUCAACCUGAAGCCUUUCAUCUCCAACAUCCAGAUCUCACAAAUCCCUCUGUACUUCAGCAUGAUCACAAACCGCUCCUGCAUCAUCUCACAGCAAGGUGUGGCGCUUCUGAACUCCACCCACUCCAGUUUCAGUCCUGAACAACUGCAGGCAAUUUACAACCAGCUCAUCAUCUCUCUCAAAGAGCCCAGGCUGAUGAACUGCUACACCAGUCAGAGUUACUACACCUUCCUGCAGUCGUACUUCAUGGGUUUCCAGUUCCCUCCUCUCUCCACCUUCCUGUCCCUCAUGCCUCCAGACCGCAUGCCAAAGCUGCUGAACUCCAUGUCUCCAGCAGAGCUAUCUGACUUCCUGAAUGGCAACGGCACUGUGGACAAUCAAACCAAACUGUGCGAGCUCUUCAACAUCUACAACCAAACAGAGAAGUACCUGCAAAGUGAGCCGGUUUUGUCCUCAGCGCUGGCCAGCCAGACACUGGAGUGUGUGUGGUCUCGAGCUGUCAGUGCGUCAUCUCAGGCUGAUGUGGAUCAAUGGUUUAAUGUCACGCUAGUCCAGUACAUGCCCUAUGUCAGCUCUCAGAUGAUCAGCCCCACCCAGAUGGACGGAGCCUCCUGUCCUGCCUUCUCCAAGUUUGUGUCUGCUAUGGGAAGUUAUAACUUUAGCAAAGCAGGUUUUACCAAGAAAGACAUCUAUCUCACCAUCCAGGCCUACCUGACCACAGCAACCCCGCCCAAAUGCUACAACCCCUCAGACCCCACGCUGAGGUCCACUGCCUGGUUUCAUCAGUACAUUGGAGACUUCAUCCCUUUCAUCACUGUGGCUGACCUGCAACAGUUUGGCGGUAUUAAGCUGGAGCAGUUCACUACAGAUCCACUGAACCUUGAGCUGUUUGCAAAGAAUGAAGUUAGUCCAGACGUCAUCAGUGCCUAUGCAAACAUGCUGUUCACUGCCAAGCCGGACUUUAGCGUCAAAUUUCUCCCCAAACAGUUGUGGUGUUCUGCUCCAGCAAGCGCAUUCUCAGACCUGUCUCAGAGUGACGCCAUGUCCACCAUCAAAUCUCUACGACAGCAGUGCACAAACAUAGAACCUACUGUAUCUGCUGCAGUAGCGACUAAUGUAGCUGUCCUGACGCCAGAUGCCAUUUUGGGAUUGGGUAACUCCAUCACUGGUCUUAGUGUUGGUCAGAUUGCAAGCUCUAGCCCCUCCACCCUCCUGUCUUCCCUCAGCUUCCUCAGUUCUGUGAGUGGCUGGAGCCAGACCCAGGCCAUGGCCAUUGUCCAAUCACUGCUCUCAGCUGGAGUGUUUAAGAUCACCACAAUCCAGUCGUUGCAGCAGUUGGGCAGUCUGUUGAUGGGUGUUCCCUCCACACUCUUCAACAACAUCUCUGCAGGCACACUGCUUAAUGCCCUGCAGUCUCAGACCUUCUUAAAUAACAUCAUCACUACACCCAUCCCCACGCAACAGAUCAUUGUCAACCAGAUUAUCUCAGUAAACUCCGCCCCUGUCACUGUUGUGCAGAACGUGCCGGAUAACCUGGCACCAUUGAUUCCUCGGCCAUCUCUACUGUUCCUGUCUCAGGAAACAGCAAUAACACUCAAUCAGAAACAGUGGACCGACGAUCAGGCCAGGCUGUUCUUCGACGUCGUGGCUGAUGGGUUCUCUGAUGCAGACCAGAUCUCGUUCCAGGUGUUGCAGGGUUUCACUUGCACACGUGUUCAGAGAUUCAGCAAACAGAAGGUGAAGAAUCUGAUCAGAGGCUGCAGGCGCCGUGGCAAACAAAAGGUCCACCUUCAGGAGUCACAGCUGACCUGCAUGUACAACUACAUCGAGAGCGACACUGUGACUGUCUUCACUGAUUAUCCUGCUGAUAUGCUGCUCUAUUACAAUCUUUCUCAGGUGCAGCCGUCUGUGUGUCAGGCGUAUUACUCAGCUCUGGGUGAAGCGGACUUUAGUAUGUUCUCCUCAACACUGGCUUUCAGAAGAGACAUCCUGUUUAAUGAUGCUCGUCAGUGCCUCGGCGUCUCGGGGCUGAGUGUGAACCGGACUCAGCUAGAGGUGAUGGGGCAGAUGGUGUGUGUGUUUAACAGCUCUUACAUCCUCAACUCGGACCCGUACGUGCUGGAGAAGCUCAAACUGUGUCCUACACUAACAGGCGAACAGAGCAGCGCUGUCGAGAACAUCCUGCUCAGCGGAAACACUAUUUAUGGAGCUCCAGGCAGUUGGAAUCAGGAAACUCUGAAGACUCUGGGCAUUCUGCCCCUGUACAUGACCUCCAACUUCUGGGCCUAUUUUACAAAGAAAGAGAAGGUGAAGUUUCUCCAAGUGUUUGUUCGUGAGCUGAAGAACAGACAAACGUCAAGAAAGAGGAUCAAAACCCUGAUCACUGAGGCAGGAAAAGCGUCCGAUCUCAGGACCGAGGGUCUGAUGCGAUUCAGACGUGACACUGUUGAGACAUGUACGGCGGGGGAAAUAACUCAGGUCCAGGCGUGUGACGACGCCUUCCCUUUUGGCUACGACGUGAACCAGUUUAAUGCGUGUCUCAGCGUUCAGACCCUGAAGGACAACCUGGCCGCCAUCGCAGACAAGGCCACGGGCAGCGACUACCAGCGUGUCAUCCUGCACAAACUCAACCAGGCUUAUCCAAUCAGCAUCAGUGACGACGUGCUGCAGGCCCUUGGCCCCGCCUCCCGUGCCGCCUCCACUAGUGAUAUCAGCAAGUGGAGUGUGACAACGAUCGACACGCUGUCAGCCCUGAUGACUUCAUAUGAUGGAGACUGGAGCUCAGAGCAGGUGAGAGCGAUAGUCAGCAGGUAUCUGAGUGGAAACAGAACUCUGGGUUCCUUGGAGCUCAAUGCACUUGGAGGAACAAACCUGUGUGCACUGAACACCAGCCUGCUGCAGACCAUCAACUCCAACAGCCUGCAGGCUGCGGUUCCUCUGUCAGUGUUGAACUGCAGUGUGGAGCAGAAGCAGGUUCUGUUCAGCGUCGCUCAGCUCGCCUUCAGUAACCAAACACUGAGCAGGAGCACACGCUCCACCGACACGGUGUCCAUUAACACCUACCAGCUCAUACAGACAUACCUGGGUGGGGCUAAUAGUUCGUAUCUGAGGACACUCUCCAACUCCAACAUCAGCAUGGACCUGCUCACCUUCAUCUCCCUGGACCAGAACGCCAUCAAUAACCUGACCGUGAGAGAGGUUCGGGAUCUGCUCGGUGUUAAUCUGCCCGAUCUUAAGCUCUAUGAGAAUAACACUGUGGCUCACAGCUGGAUCUCACGACAGCUGCAGUCUGAGCUCGACACGCUGGAAAUCGGCCUGACCGGGGGCCGGCAGGAGCCCACUGCCACUACCGCCAGUCCCAAUGCUAACGUUACCACUGGUGCUAAUGCUACCACCUCCAAGCCUACAGGCGCAGGCUCGAGUAUCUCCACCUCCUCUGGGCUGCAGAAGCUCCUCCUCCUCCUGGGUGUAACCAUGGCAACACUGCAGCUAAUAAACUGACAUCACAGCACCGCAUCAGGACACCAUCUCUCUUGCUCCCUCUCGAAGGAAAGCAAAACGUAUUUAAAAUCCCGCAGUUCCUGUGAACCUGUCGAGCCGUCUCACUGCCUGUCUGUGUGCCCAGGGUUCAUCCUGUCUCACGCCUCAGGGGUCGUGUUAUGAUGAUCGCCGUACUGAAACAAUAAGGUUUUCGUUUUUAAUCAGGAGACGUGGUUAUAAAUGUUUAAUAAUAACAGGAAUGUGGGUCUGUGAUUAAAUAAUUAAGUGUUUUAAUGAAGGCGAUUCUCUCAUCAUGGAUUUAGAUUCUUUGGGUUAUGAAAUGGGUUGUAUAAUAAACCUAUUAAUAGUUUAUGAUUAUUACUACCCAACACACCGAUUUCUAUUUAAACAAACGGGUUAAUUACAUCAUCUCUCUUUAUUUUAUUUGCUUAUUUAUAAUGUACUCUGUUCUCUUUGGGUUUUUUGCCAUUGUUUUUCCUCUUAUCCAGUUUCUUUGCUCUACUUUUUGCCUUCUGUUUCUUUAUUUUAUGAACGCAGGGUAUAUCUACUUGAGUAUUUAGUUUAAAAAUAUAAAUAACGAUGUACACAGAGACUGAAGCUCAUUAAAGAAACGGAGAGACACACUGUGA